GGAGAGGACGGAGGAGUUGGGGACGUCGUGAGCGUGAAGCGCUCGGUCCUCGCGGCGUGCCUCACGUGCCCGCUCUGCGGCCGCCUCCUCCACGACGCCGCCACCAUCACCGAGUGCCUCCACACCUUAUGAAAUUAGUAAAUGUUUAACUCAUAGGGAAGUGAAGCUUUCAAAUUUGGUGAUCAUUGACUGCUAGGUUGGCUGUUCAUUUGAUUUCUGUAGCGGUUGGAAAAAAAGAGAGGAAAUGUCUGAUGUGGAGGCACCGCUAGAAAAUAGAAAUAGUUGGUUAACCUGUUCCUUCACAGGUUCUGGCACAGCUGGAGUAUUUGCAGCAGCAUUUGCGGAGACUGAAUAUGCCAUUUGCACUGAUUCACCCCCCAUAUCGACCACACCAACCGUCUUUGAGUAGUCCCCUCCCAACUUACCUAAAAGAUAGUUCAGAGCAACCUACAGCGCAUGCCACAUGCAUCAAUGUUUGCAAAAUAAGUACAUGAGAUACUACAGAAGUUAGGGAUGCACAUACCCAUAGUUUGCAGGAAGUGCAUAUCCGAGGAGUUCGUAAAUAAGGAAGUCUGCUGUUGCCCUACUUGCAGCAUUGAUUUGGGCUGUGCUCCAAUGGAGAAGCUCAGAGCUGAUCAUAGCCUACAAUAUGUAAGGUCAAAGAUAUUUCCUUUUAAAAGACAGAAGGUUGAGGCCCCAGAAGUCACAUCCCCAGUUACAUCACCUAUCAAGAGGAAAGAAAGAUCUUUAUCUUCAUUGACAAUCCAUGCUCCUCAAGUGUCUAUACAGAAAUACUUGACAAAGAGGAGAACAAAAAUUUCAUGCUUACGCAACAUCUCUUUGCACUCAACCUUGCGGGGCAGUAACAUCACAAAGAAAGUUGGGGGAUGGAGACCUUUGGGCUGUCAGUUUAGAGCUACUAAAAAUAAAAAGUCUCUUAGAUCCAAUUCAGAAGAUGUAAAUAAAACUGAAAAUAAGUCUGAUGAUCCAGUUGAUGGAACUCCUGCCAGUCAAGCAAAGACUAAGAAGCAGUUGACAAGAUGUGGUAAUCUGGAGAAAAGAACUGGAAGCAAGAAACUGUUAAUUCUAAAGGGUAAACAGAAAAAGAUCAAGGCAAAACUGCCCAGUAAGAAGAGGAGAUUGCGAGCAUUAUGGUUCUACCUCGUUGCUGCUUUUGACCAGAAAGGACAGCCUCCUCUAUCGCAGGUACCUGCAAAAUUUUUGAGGAUCAAGGAUGUCGAUUUACCUGCUUCCUUCAUACAGAAGUACCUUGUGCAGAAACUUAAUCUUUCAAGUGAAUCUGAGGUAGAGCUACUGUGCGGUGGCAAGCCAGUGAGCCCAGGAAUGACCCUGCACGACCUAGCAGAUUGCUGGCUCGACAAAGGACCGAAGGGCCGAGUGCGGUCAUCGGUGGGCACGCCCGCCACUGGAUUUGUGGCGACGGUGUUCUAUGGCAGGCCAGAACCACCCCCACUUGAAACUGAAAAUAACAAUGACUGAUCGAGAGCUUUCCCUCGUCUCUGAAUCAGAACUGCGUCAUUUCAUUCAUAGGAGCCCCUGAUUGCUCCGAGCAUCGAUACCAGUUCAGCAAGGGUCAACCCGCAGCUUAAGAUGUAAAUAGAUGUUUGUGUUACAAGCCGUGUUCGGCUUGUAAUCCUCUAGUUUAAGGCAUUGGCUUCUUAUGAUCUUAUAUAGUUUGAUGCAUUCUUUAGUUUACCCUACUUUUUUCACUGACGAAGUGUCUAUGUAUAUAUAUGUCAUGUGUGUGAGAUGAUGUCUUCUGAUCUCCAUGGAGCUCGUAGAGGAGUCUUCUAUAUGACUGUAUGUCGAUGUAUACUUGUGUACCCUAGGCACUAGAAUUGUUUCGGUUAAUUCACCGCACUGGAAAUUAUUGCUUGAGGAUGUUGCCUAAUAUUGAGUACUGAUUGAAGAUUUUUCGUUGGCCCGGUA